CAACACAUGGCACGUGUUGGAUAUUAAUCUCACGGUUAUCGAAAUUAUAAACCGUCGAGUAUGGGAAUGACACAGUUCAAAGUUUGCGUACUUGGGUACAUUUGACGAUCUUUCACCUUAUAUAUGACAUAUCUGUAAUGCAUCUGACACACUUGUUUGUGUUAGCCAUUUGGUCACCAGACAACGACAUGGGCUGUCAAGUUGUUGCGGUGUGGUGACCAUGAUGGACCUAAUAAUAGGCUAGUAAUAUAAAUAAUAUUAAUACGUCCAUGCUAUGCCUAUGAAUAUGAACAAUUUGUUACAUUUUAAGCACCAAUACGAGACAGAAUAUUUACCAAGUAAAUUUUAUGAUUAGAUGAAGCGAGAUGGAAAAUGAAAAUAGAGAUGGAGAAACGAAUGAAAUAAUUUCACAUUCAUCAAAUCUAUGCGGCACUGACACUGUAAGAAGGGUAGAUAAAAGUUAUAUUUCCGAACAUGAGGAUGAUAACGUCAACCACACAUUAUUAUUUGAGGUUUCACCAGGGAUGUGUCCAAAUGGUGCAGUCAAUAUCUCAAGUAAAGAAAUUUCUUCAGAUUUCUUAGAAACAGAUCUUAACUGUACCAGCAAAGAUUUGAAUGAAGUUUUAACCCAGUUAAAACUUGGAAAGUUUCAUGUCAUCAUGCUUCUUUUGACUGGAGGAGGAUACUUCGCAGCCUGUUCAGAAAUCUUAGUUUUUGUAUUUUUAAGUAAACCAGCCAAAAAGGAAUGGAAUUUACAUGAAUAUGAAUACCCAUGGUUACCUUUCUUUAGUGGAAUUGCUGGGAUAGUUGGUGGUUAUGUUUUUGGAACCUUGAGUGACCGGUAUGGCCGACAAAUUCCGUUUAUUGUAUCAAUAGGUAUAUGUUGUGUGUGUGGACUAGGAUCUGCAUUUGCACCUUCCUUUGCCUUAUUGAUAGCCAUUAGAUCAAUGGUGUCAUUUGGUGUUGGAGGUCUGGAAGCUGUAGAUUUUGUAUUACUACUAGAAUUUCUUCCACCCCUGCAUCGAGGAUCAAUGAUGGUAGCUGUAACGUUUUUUGGUGCGCUUGGUGCUAUAUUAACAGGUGGACUUGCUUGGUUAAUUAUACCAACAUGGGGUUGGAGAUGGUUUGUAGGAGCAUCAGCAAUACCAUCUAUUAUCAUAUUCUUUCUACGGCUUUUCAUUCGAUAUGAAUCUCCUAGAUAUCUUUUCUCUAGUGGUAAAAAACAAGAAGGAAUGAAAGUUCUAAAGAUUAUAGCAGCCAAAAAUAAAACAAAUUUAACCAAUGUUGAGAUUAUAUGUGAAACUAGUCAAGACAAGGGUCAUAUUUGUGAUCUAAUGUCAACAGGAUUACGAGGGAGAACUAUUACCAUGACUUUAGUUUGGUGUCUACAGAGUAUGGGAUAUUGGGGAACAACCAUUUAUUUACCAGAAUAUCUUGAUUCUUUAGGUGUAGACUCAUAUUUCAACAUGUUCACCAUUUUACUUGGUGAAUUACCGGGUUUAGUACUAGCUAUGGUUCUUAUUGAGAAACAUAUGCUUGGCAGAAUUAAAUGUCUACGAUUUUUCUCUCUAGGAACAUCCAUAGCACUUCUCUUAUUUGCAUUCUUACCAUUAGACUUUUUAAAAGCUGUUGUUGUUGUUGUAUGUUAUUUUUUCAUGGUGCCAAUAUACUCAAUAUUAAAUGCAUUUACACCGGAAAUUUAUCCAACAAGAAUCAGAAGUACUGCCAUGGGUUGGGCAAAUAUUGCCAUUGAAAUUCCGGGUCUAAUCACCCCUUUUGUAGGUGCAGUAUUAUUGUCUAGUAAAAUUAAGUGGCUAUAUCCAGUAGUUUGGUCAGUUAAUUUCUUCCUCCAAUUUCUAUGCAGUUUUGGAUUUAGAGUAGAGACAGCCGGAAAGAAUCUUAUCAGUCAAUCGGAUGCCAGUCAACCCGAAAAUCAUUCCAAGAAAAUUCAAACCAAUAUCGGGGAGGAACUCCCAGCUAAUAUGUGAUUUAUAUUUGUUCUAGCCUUUGUUUUUGUAUCUUACUAGAAUGUUAUAAUCAAAAUCUGUGUGUGGUAUUCAGAGUUGUUCAGGUAUUUUGUACAAGUCUCAUAACUUUUUAUGUGAAUAUAAUUCCAUAAAGUAUUUAUAGUAUUUUAUUUUUUAAAUUUUGUAUUAUUAGAGUCAAAUUGUGUUGAAUAUCAAGUGUUUGUUUGUAAUUAUAUAUAAUGUAUUUUUUUAAUUAUUUUUAUGAAUUCUAUCUUGUUCAAUAGAACAACCUGUAAUUAACUUUGACAUCAAGGGAGGUAACUCCAUUUUUAUCUGGCUCAGACUAGCAAUUAUUUGCCCAUUGACUUCAAUAUUAAAUGGCUGUAACAUCACAGGCUGUAGCUUUUUGCUCAAAAUUCCGUUGGUUCCAAUCUUUAUAGGCACAAUGGGGACCACAUUUGGCAAUCUCCUCAUCAUAAUUUUGUAGGGGGUUGACCGUUUAGAUUUUUUGCUACGGGGAUUUGAAGUUGACUGGGGUGAAAAUCUCACUUCCGACACAAUGAUUGCUCUGCUUAAAGACACUUUACACCCCCUAUCCCUCCACUCUAAUAUCAUCAGCAUUACCCAAAACUGCUAUGAAAUUGCAAAUUUGACCCCUUUUCUCCAAUUCUAGACCAAAAAGUCAACCCUAAAAUGCAGGAAGAAGGGAGAAAAAAAUUAAGGAAAAAGUUGUCUAUUUAUAACUCGCACUACAUUCGUCCAUCAUGAAAUAAGGGGAAAUAAUUACUAGUCUGAGUCCAUCUGGACUGACUAGUAAUCCUCUCCUCUUGACAUUUUUUUUAACGCUCCAAUGAUUUUAUUUUUGAGCCGAACAUGUCACCAUCAUUGAUGAAAAUAUUGAAUUGGGGGGGGGGGGGGGGCAUCUUGACUAUACACCAAAACAUGGCACAGAAUGUAAACAGGGGAAAGAGAUAAGGGAAGUAAUCACUAGUCUGAGACUGUCUGAAUAAAUAAGGUCUGUGCUGUGGAGAACAUGAAUAAUUGCUAUAAAUUUGUCCAUGAAUUCUGUGAUAGCUGUGGGUAAGUCACAGAAAUAUUAUCAUCACUAAAUUUAUCCUUUUGUUGUUGCUUUUUCACUAAGAAUGAUGCUGUGUCAUGGUCAAAAUAAAUAUAGCAUGCCAAUAGUG